CUGGGUGUGAGGCAGCACCACAAAGGGAUAACCCGAGCUAGUUCUGCACACCCUAGCUCUGGUAUGGGAAGCUGUGCAGCCACGUCAGUGCAGUGCUAAGUGCAGACUACUUAGCUCCGUUCUUGGCAGAGAAUGCUUAAAUCAUCUGCAGUGGAGGGAAGGGGGCACGCUUCAAUGGAGCAGCAUAUGGCCUGCUCUCCCUGUCCGUAUACCACUGACUCCUGGUUUUUCUUGAUCCCUGCUAGACCACAGAAGUAUGGAACAGCCUAUUGUUUGAAUGGCAAAUGUAGCUGCGGCACUAGGAGACAUGCACAUGACAAGCAGUGCAACAGCUCUGAGAGUUUGACAGAUCAACUGCAAUUGCAUGUUGCUGCUUGGAGUGUAGAUGUCCACAUGCUAUAUAAGGGACAGGUGUCACUAGCUUCAUUUUACAGGUGGGAAAAUGGAGGCGAAGAACAGCUGUGUAGCUUGUGGGGGGGGAUGGACGUUCUUCCCUUUUAUCUGCUUUUAUAAAUUGUGUGUUGGGGCAGCUGUGUAUCUGCUCCCAUCCAGCUGACUAAAAAAAUAUUGUUUCCUAGUUAAGCUGCUGCCAUGUCAAGAGGUAUAGGAGACCUGGGGAAAAAGGAGGACAGCUUGCUUUGGAACUUGUGCUUAAACACCCCCAAUGUACACAUUCACUUACCAUAUGUCAUGUUUAUCUAAAAAGGCAUCUUGAUGCUAUUUCUUUGCAGGAGUGACUGAGCUGCACGCAGGCUGACUUUUUCUUUUUUUUUGAGGAAGACACAUACCAGAGGUGCUGGCGGUCGAUGUUUGUAACUUUAGGGUUUGUCCUUCAUCCCUGCUGCUGCAGCUGAAGCCCGUGGCAAACUCGCUCCUCUCUAUAUUUGGAUACUUGAUUGACACUGGCUCAAGAACGCCGUGACUGUGAACAAGGAAAGCGAAGAAACACACUUCUGCCUGAAAGAUUUUUUUUUUUUUCCCCUGGCACAAGCAGGCAUGCUACACAGGAAACCGUGUCAGAGAAGAGCUGAUUAGUGCCUGAAAGUACAAGUCCAGACCUUAGCACAGCUUCCAACCUCGCCAUGGGGGUGUGAAGUGUGCAGUGUUUUAUUUUUUUCUUUUGGAGCUCUAAUACUGUUCAGCAGACGGACGCUGUCUGCAUCGGAGGCUGCUCAUGGCAUGCUCACAGUCUAGUCUGAAUUAGCUUUGGGUCUCCCACUGCUUCAGCUGGUUGAACAGCAGUAUAGAGAAGAUGUUGGACCUAAGCUUUCUGACAGAGGAGGAAUAUGAGAAGCUCAUGAAGGUGCUGCAGAGAGAUGCAGAGCUGAAGAAAAAGGACAGUGAUCGUGUCAGACGAUUGCAAGGCUCUAUCCAUGAUGAGAAGAAGAAGAAGUUUGUGACGGGUGAAUGGUUUUAUGAAGUGAAGGCAAAGCGUUUUCAAGAGGAGCUAGAGGGGCCAGAUCUGCUUCGAGCAUCAAUUAGAAGGAAAAAGGGCAAACUAGAAAAUGAGGCUAAUAAAGACAUCUGCGAGGAACUGGAAGGCAAUGCAGCUUCCCUGCCAUCAGAAGCAAGGUGUCCUUCCUCCCCUGAACUCCCCCCAGAUUUGGGGGACGAGAGAUCUAAUCCAGCUGGUUUUGAUUCUUCAAAGGGAUGUAGCAGCUCACCAAAGCCCAAGCCAGGACUCUCCAAGCUUCCAUCCACGUCGGAAAAGACAUCCAGUAUAAACGAUAUGUCACCAGCAAGGAGCAACACUAGAAUAAAUCCGUUCUUGACUACAGCAGAGAACCUGCAGCUGGUUAAAAAAAGUCAUGAAAGGUCUUCAAUGUCUGCCAGAUUUUCAGAAGAUCUAGUUCAACCCAAUUACUCUGCUAGCAUGGAUGUUCCUGAUUUGGUCACUGGCAUUCCAGCCAAACCAAAAAGUCCAGCUGAAGAAACUAAUAUUUUCAGCAAAAUACCAGUCAAAAGGAGACCAAGCAAAGGGAAACCCAGUUCAGAGCUGUCUCUGAAUAACACGGAGCAGUCUGAGGGCAGCCUUGCCAAGAGAGAGAAACUCAAGAGCUCAAAACCUCCCUCUCUAGAAGAGGAAAACAACCGAACUCUGAAGCAAGGAGCCAACUAUACCAUUUCUUCCAUGAGCAAUAAAGAGGAGGACAUUGGCCUUGACCGUGAACAUUUCAAGAACUUGAAGGACUUUUGGGAGAAAGGAGCGGAGUCCUUGGUAGCAGAAAACACUUUGGAAUCCAACUUGGUGGAGUCAAAUGGGAGACAGUUCAAGCUGACUCGCUCACUCUCUGUACAGUCUAAUCAAAGCCAAAAUGGAGAAGAAAAGGCCAAUAUCCCCACAAAAACCAGAAUUCCUUACAAGAGAACUGUCACCAUAUCUUCUAGUGAAGAUGAACCAAGCUAUGUAGCCCCUCCAAGGAAGGGGUCAGCCUCCUCUGUGCCCAGAUCCACAUAUGGCAAAAGCAAAGGUGCAGUGGUUACUAAAAAUAAUUCCCUGAGUGAAAGCAAUGGGAGGCAGUCAGCCCCAGAGGAGGAGAGGAAGGCACAGCGCAGUUGGAAGAGAUCCAGGCUGCCUGUGCGAGUGCCUUCCAUCAAAAUACAAUCGCCCACAGCAGAGAGUCUUGGCAGCCUGUUUGAGCCAGAGACACCAGCAGAUGAGUACAUCAUGCCAGAAGAAAGCAAGCGCAAGGUGGAUUCACUGGCAGCUAGGAUUCAGAUAUUGAUUGACCCUGUAUGUUCAGAUGAUAAGGAUGAUGGUGAGAGAGAUGAAAGGUCUAACUUGGUCAUUCAGGACAAUGAGGAAACUAAUGGAGAGGUGCUGGAGGAGAAGACAUAUGAGCCUUCAAAUCACCUAACACAUGAUGAGCCUGCCAGGGAGAAAGAAAUCAUUCAGGGAACCGACUCUGCUGUUUACUCAGAGGAAGACGCGGAUCCGUCUCCCGUUGCCAAGGCUCUGGCACGAGCUAAUAGCAUUAAUCUUGCAAAGAGCAUGGUGAACAUUUAUACAACCACCGAGACCUACAACAAGCCUCCAGUGAUAACCCAGCAACUUCUUGAGCCUGAGAGAGCCAAAGAGCUGAGCCGAUCCACUCCAGUCCUUCUGUCUGAGACUGAAUCGGACACGGCUUCAGAAAUCAGCUUUCAGUUUAACAGGCACAAAAAGACUCCCAGCAUUGGCAGCCACUCCUCCGACAUGGCCUCAGUCUCCUCGGUGAGUGGUAGUGUGCUAAGUGUGUACAGUGGUGAUUUUGGGAGUGUGGAUGCCCAAGGGAUGGUGCAGUUUGCUCUGGAUUACGAUGAGAAAAACCGAGAAUUCCAGAUCUUCGUUUCCCAGUGCCAGGACCUGGCUGUCGUGGAUGACAAGAAAGGCAGAUCUGACCCGUAUGUCAAGACUUAUCUUCUCCCCGAUAAAGCUAGAAUGGGCAAGAGGAAAACUUCAGUGAAGAAGCGAACAGUGAAUCCCAUUUACAAUGAAGUGUUAAGGUAUAAAAUAGAGAAGAUGGUCCUGCUGAUCCAAAAAUUGAAUCUUUCCGUGUGGCACAAUGACCCGUUGGGGCGUAACAGCUUCUUGGGAGAGAUUGAAAUAGACCUAGCUAGCUGGGACUGGAGCAACAAGAAACUCAACUGGUACACAUUGAAGCCACGGAGCCUUUCUGCCAGUAACGGCGUGGAUCAUCGAGGAGUGAUGAAUCUUUCUAUUAAAUACGUCCCACCUGGAAGCUUAGCAGGUACAAAGAAUCCCCCAUCUGGAGAAGUUCAUAUCUGGGUCAAAGAUGCUAAGGACCUUCCCCAGUUACGUCCUUCUGGAGUUGACUCCUUCGUGAAAUGCUAUGUGCUUCCGGACACCAGUAAGAAGAGCUACCAGAAGACCAGAGUUAUAAAGAGAGACACAAACCCUCUUUUUAAUCACACCAUUGUAUAUGAUGGGUUCCACACAGAGGACCUAAAAGACGCUUGUGUUGAAUUGACUGUGUGGGACCAUGAAAAGCUGACCAAUCAUUUCCUUGGAGGGAUUAGGUUAGGCCUUGGGACAGGGUCUAGCUAUGGCAUCCCAGUGGACUGGAUGGAUUCCACGCAGGAGGAGGUGGCCUUUUGGCAGGAAAUGAUGUCCGCUUCCAAUGAAUGGAUAGAAGGGUCAUUGCCACUGAGGUCACUGGCAGGGAGAAGAAAGUUGAAAUAAGACGUCUGCCAUGCUACCGAAAUUAUGAGCAUAUUAACUGGAAAGCUACCCACUCCUACGGAACGGAAACCAUCCCUGGCCAAAUGAUUGUUGAGUUAAUUAGAUGAUGACUGCAUGGGGAUUUGAAGACACUAAUAAGUAUUAUUAAUCCCUCAGCAAAGGACUUAGCAGAUGUUAAACUGAUGCUGUACUUUGUCUUAGCCAGGAAGCCAAGAAGAAAUGUUGUUUACUUUUUUAUUUAAUCAUUUCUAAUCCAUAUCUUAGAUUUCAUCAGACUCCAGGAAUGUUGGCAGGGAAGAGGAGGCAUAGCUAUUUUUAUACAGUUUUAUUUUAUUGCUGCUUUUUUGUGCCAUUUUUCAAUGCAGAGAGAAAGGUGUAAAAAGAGAAGGCGGCACCGCGGUAUUACUCAUCCUUACCCCUAAGUGGUACGCUUGGUACUGAAGGCAAGACCACUGCGGCUCACCAGUGAACAUUAUCCCCAGAUGGGAGCCUCCCAUCUGUUACAAAUGUCAGUGACAGAGGAAAAUUUAAUUUUGGGUUGCUGCAGGAUCCAAGGUGAGCCUGAAGUAGGAGAGGACUUUUGGAAGCAGACAGUGAAGCAACGUGACCAGGAUAUCAAUGACAAAGUCAAUACUUUUUAGUUCUGCUCUGCUUACUUAUGAAAAAAAGGAGAAAUGGUCAUGGAGGUAAUUUCCCAGACUGGUGCUCAGCAGAUACGGGUCCUACUUCCAGCUCUGCCUUGAACUUCCUCUGUGACCUUAGGCAAAUCUCUUGAAAAGUGAAGUGCAAUAUAAAUUAGCUGGCAGCCAUAUGGCCAAAUAUAAGGUGCAUUCAUGUCACUGAUGAACCAAUCAUUUCUUUGAAAUUACUUGUCCACAAACACUUAAAUCUGAAACAGUUACCCUAUCUGCCUAAUGAAAGAGAUUAAGGAAGGAAGGUCAGAACUGCAGCCAGAAAACAAAGAGAUGCUUGGGACUCCUUGUGCCAAACAGACGGUAAGUAAGUGGUCCACAGCUGUAUACACUGAAUCAACCAGCAACAGUUUGCGCAUAAGAGCGAGCUGAGGAAAUUUCCCACUGCGCUCUAUAUCCCUUGCUGCUUUUCUGAUCUUCCUUUCGCAUAAUUCACAUCAACAAGUUGAGGUCCCAGCUGGAAUUAUUAUUAAUCAACAGCUCACAGAAUUUCCCAUCUUCUCAGUUCCUAUCAGCCGAGACAUCACAACACUAGGUGCAGCUUUGUCAUUUCUUCUUUACAUGCACACAUUUGGAUUAGAGCAUUUUCUCUCAUGGUGCUCUCUGUGUCUGCCCGCCUGUCUGUACUACCAUCCAUGGAACCAAAGAAAGAGGUGGGAGCUAUUGUCAUGUUUAAAAAAAUCCUUCUUUCCCAGUGUGAAGUAGCAGCUCCUGAAGAGGUAGCUUUCCUGGUGACCGGAUCUUAAUACAAAAUAGCACAAUGUUGACCUAAGCUGGUCAAGAAAUGGAAAAUGGCUUCUGUGGAACAUUUGGAAGUUGUUUCACUUUAGAGGAUUCAAAAGAAGCCCAUUUUAGGGUGUUGUAAAUUGUUUUAAUCUAUUUUUAAUGUAAAAACAAGCCUCGUUUACCAAACCCAUUUUAGAAACCAGCUGACACAUACAAAUACAAACCUAUUUCUUCUCUCACUGGUUUACAAUAACAAGUGUGCAAAAUGUGCCAGAACUGCUCUUUACGCAAUGUGUCAGGACCUGAAAAAAGUUCCUUUCAGUAUUUCCAGUCGUUAUUGAUCCUGUGUCCAAGGUUCAGCUCAUUUGCAAUUCAGUGCCAGCAAAGUGGGGAAAAAGUGUGUUAAUGGACCACACGUUGUUUGUCCCGGCAGUUAGUUUGCAUGAAUUCGCUCAAAGCAUUGUGAAUAUUGGGAGGGCGAGGGGGGGUUGCAUUAAGAUUUCUUGGGGGAUUUCUGUUAAUCUGUCAGUUGUUUGUAUAUUUUAAAUUAAGCCCUGAUUAAUUUAAGCAGCUUUUUGUAUUUAUUAGCGCAUCAGAGUAGAAGAUUACACUGCCAAGCAGUAUAUGUUUGUAGUGGAGUCAUGUGUGAGGUAGCAAAACAUACCAUGUCUUAUCUGUCUGAAUAAGUGGAAAGCACUUUAUCAGCAAAAGCAGGAGGCACUUUUAUUGUCAAUGUCAUAUGUAGGACUGGAGAAACUUUUAGCAAAUAUAAGUUUAUGGCCUGUUGGUAUGUGGCUUAUGAUGCUGAUAGCUGACCUCUGUGAAUUCUAUCUUCAAGAGGCAAAGCAUCUUUCCCAGGGGCGGCAAUAGCAAAGGUUCAUGUUUAGUCAGUCUGGGGAUUCAUUUGGAAAUCGCAAAACAAACAAAUCCUGAUGAAAUGUAUUUGUAUGAUGACCUAAUCAAACUCCCUUAAGGAGACGGGGUAUUUAGUACAUAGCGGGCGCGUCUAUGCAUACUUUGGCAAGUACUAAAUGACUGUGCGGUACCUGCCGGUAUUGCAAAAUCACAGAUCACAGUGAUGCAUACAUCAUUUAUGACCCUACUGCACAGUAGCGGGGGUGUCAUGUUUAGUGCCCACUGCUGCUACAUUGCCAUAGCAAUGGACCCAGUAAAGAUAACUACCCCAGAUAGGAGCAUGCAACCUUUAUCGGUCAUUUUGUUCAGCCCCUGUUCUAGGCCAUAUUGUCCCUGACUAUUGGUAGUUUUUGGGAUCUUCACGUACAGCUGAAGCCACAGUAUGAUUCUUAGGACUAGAUCCAGUGAGCAUUAAUCCCUUGUAAUCCCUUGCAUGGCACAGCAGUAGUCACAGUGAUCUGAGUAGGGAGAUCUGUGAAAUCAAAAAUGACAAGAUCAAGCUUAUUUUAAAUUAAAAUGUCAAUAUUGGGACUUGAGCUGAGCAAAUCUUGCAGACCAGAGGUUGCUAAGCAUUUUUCUAUUCUCAUGAAGGAAUGUGCUUUCAUUCCAUUUGUGCCUUUCUCACAUUUGCUUUUUGUAACAUUUAGCCAGAGAAUUUCCAAGCAGGAAUGAUUAUUCAAAUAGCAAAUGUUGAAUUUGCAAUAGCCUUGCUAGAAGAGCAUAGCAGGCCAGAUGACGAGCAAUUUUGCUUGUCCAAUCAGGAAACAGUAAUGUAUAAUGUGACUUGCACCCAAUCACAGUGGCUUAAAUGGUGAAUAUCAAAUACUUGCAAUUAACAGCUCAUGAACUAGCUUCAGAUAUGUUGGCAGAAAUAAGUAGUGGAUCUUGACCAACAUCCAAAGUUUCAUUCUCUGUAUUGAGAGAGGGCAAGAGGCAAAAGCUGAAUUAUCCAUUGCUAUGUAUUUGCCCAGCUCUGGUCAUCACCAAGACAGCAAAAAAGGAAAUCAAUGUUAUUGUGAAAUAUAUGAGCUGCAGGGAGAAAUUAGUAUUAGUGGAACCCCUGACAAUGUAAAUCCAUUUAGUAACAAGAUGUGCUUACAAAAGCAAUGUUGUAUUUUUGCGAACUUUUUAAAUUAACCAAAAGGAAUGUAUAAAAGUGAUCAAUGUAUGCAAAACUAAAUCAAUAAACCACACUUUAAUUCAGAUAA